AUGGCGACCCGGCCUCUCACCCCCGCCGCGCGAACCACACGCCCCAUCACCCCGCACUUUGCCUGGAUUUUAUUACUCGAUCUUGUCGCCCUUUGCAGGGAUCUCCUCGCGGUGGGCUUUGCGGAAAGCCACACGGCCUCGACCGGGCCUUUGCUCGCUCGCUAUGAAGGCGAUCCCGAAUGCGAGUGGAUCGCGCGAAACGCCAUCCAAUGUCUGCAUUUUGAGGCUUUGGAGACGAUCGGUGGGGGGAAAAGGACGCGAAACCCGGUUUUCCGUCUGGAGUUUUGGAUCACAAGGGAUAAACUGCGGGUGAUGAUCGACGCCCUGGUGGAUUGCGUUCGCCAACACAUCGUCCACGAGGCGAGGGUUCGGCCCUACAUGGGGUUGCUCGAAAACGAGUUGGAAAUUCACCCCAGCGUUUUGGUGCCCUCAAAAAGGCCGUUAUUCUCCCUUAUUAAUCCUCACACACUGGGAAACGGCACGCAGGAUAUGAUGACGGAAACGAACGCGAUCUCGGGCCCGCAAGGCGGACUGUCCUACAAGGACUACAAACAAAAGCGAGGCUCGGUGAAACCCAAAAACGGCGUGGACGAUUCGGAGCGUUUUUUUGGUAUUCAGCCGAGCGAACUUCAGAAAAUGGCCUACGCCGUAUCGGUGCUAUCGACGGAUGCCCUAGCCGAUUUCACCUCCACGGAAAACAUCAAACUACACAACACACAUCCCGCGCUCCACCACACAAAUGAUUAUGCGGAUCUUUCCAAGGUGGCUGUGGAGACGGUUUGUGAAGUCCUGGAGGACCCCACGAUAAAAGCCGCAAUCGAGCGGCGAGCGCGGGAUAAAUUUACCAACCUGCUGAAGGCGCGAGAGGAAUAUCCAAGCAAAACUAGUCUGGAAAAGGAACGCCUCAUUAUCGAACGGGCGGAAAGAGAGGCGGAGGACAUGAUUAAACGCAUCAUGCGGCAGAUGGCCCUAAAAAACUCGCAAUAUUGA